UGUUUUCAGGACUGGUUGAUUAACAGUGGGCUUCUGGGGGAGGUAUCAGAGAGUGCUAGACCAAAAGAGAGGGAGGGAGAGAAAGAGAGGUGUAGAUGAAUCUCUCUGUAACUUGUGUGCAACUGAUGAUUUUCCUUCUGCUCUCUUCACACUCAAACACUUCUCUUUGGAGAUCCACUGGGAUGUGACAGUAAAUCAGAGAGAAGAUGAUUCAAAGACUCACCGGGAAAUACUCAGUGAAACAGAAUGCGAGCUGGAUGCCACAUAAAUGAGUGAAACUGGGGAACUAUGAGCCAUAAAGCGUGACUGCUUCAGUUUGGCCUCAGCGGAGCUGGACUCAAACAGGAAAGACUGGAGGAGACGAACACGGCACAAUCUUCAGGAGAGCUUUGAUAGAGAUUUCGUACUUCUGAUGGAUAUCCACGCUGCUUCUCUACAUCUGGAGCUCUGAGGUUUGGCCGAUCUCUGACCUGCUGUUUGACCUUUGACCUCUGAGUGACCUCUCAAGGAAUCACAGCUAUAAAGCGUGACUCAGAACUCCAGAUCUACAGAAUGUUCUGGAAGCUGGCAAUACCUGCCAUUUUGGCAUGGACCCUUUUUGUAUCGACAGAGACCAAGAAGCCACGUCCCCAGGGUUCCAUCCCCUCCCCUUACAAGCUAAAAGGCAACGAUUUGUCAUCACCAUCCCACACACUAGCGUCACUGCCCCAGCACACAUCAGCACGACGACAGAAGGGCAAACACGACAUGCUGUCAUCGAGUCGCGAGGCCCUAGUGGUCACCGAGAGGAAGUACCUGAAGAGUGACUGGUGCAAAACCCAACCGUUACGUCAAACAGUGAGCCUGGAGGGGUGCCUGAGCCGAACCGUCAUCAACAGGUUCUGCUACGGCCAGUGUAACUCCUUCUACAUCCCCCGCCACUUGAUGCCUCAAACUUCACAUCGAAGUCGAAAAACAGCAUCCAUGCCAGACCACAACACUUCAUUCCAGUCCUGUGCUUUCUGUCGGCCCAGCCGAAUAACUACGGUCACCGUACGGCUUCACUGUCCUGGGCUCCAGCCACCAUACCGGCAACGGAAAGUGCAGCGAAUCAAGCAGUGCAAAUGUGUGUCUGUUAACGUCAAUGCCGCAUACUGAGAAGGCACACAAAUGAAACAAUGCCUAAAAAUCCU